GAAUCUCGCCCGGGCGGAUCCUCGGCGGUUAGAUGUCCGCGCAGGAUAGGAAGUCGCAACUCGGCGUCCGACUGCCCGUUAUGGCUACCACCAGUUGGCGACAAGACAAACGACCCGACAUUCGUGUUCCAAGAUUCCCUCACCUCCCCUUGCGGCUUCUCAUUUGCAACCACUUUGAUUGCGUCGCAUGAUGUCGACAGACAGCUCGACAGUGACGCGCCAUGGAGGCGAGGUCAUUCUUCAAGACUUGGCCGUUCGAUGACAUAUUCCCCCUGGAGUUUGGACGCAAAUCCAUCUGCGAGACCGCCAACGAGGCAAGAGAGGGCGUGAGCAACAUACACCUGUGGCGAAAGUACCCUCUCACCUUCCACGAUGUUGGACUUAUCCUGUGUGCCUCUUUCACGGCGCUGGCCCUGGGUUUGUCUGUCUACUUGAUCUGGCGGCAUGCAUCGCACUUCCUGAAAAGACAGGAACAGAAGUGCAUCAUCCGAAUUCUCCUCAUGGUACCAAUCUAUGCCGUCGUCUCCUUUCUCUCGUACCUCGCCUACCAUGGUGCCGUAUACUUUGAGCUUGCCCGAGACUGCUACGAACCCGUUACCAUUGCAAGCUUCUUCUCGCUCUUGUGCCACUACGUCGCUCCAACCUUGCAUGAGCAGAAGGACUAUUUCCGUAAUAUCGAACCGAAGAAUUGGAUUCCGCCCUUGUGCUGGUUGCAACGACUCGCCGGAGGACAGGACAAGGGCUGGUUGAGAAGAGCGCGAAGCGGACUGACAUGGUUUAAUAUCAUAUGGGUCGCCGUAUUCCAGUAUUGCAUUGUACGCCCCAUCUUCACGCUGAUAGCCGCCGUUGCGCAAUACUACGGACGCUAUUGCCACAGCUCCAAGGACCCACGAUUCGCAUACGUGUGGGUCCUGGGCUUCGAGGCUACCUCCCUUACCGUCGCCAUGUACUGCCUGAUGCAGUUCUACAUACAGCUGAAGCAAGACAUCGCCGUGCACCGUCCAGGCCUGAAAUUCAUGUGCAUCAAGCUCGUUCUCUUCUUCUGCUUCUGGCAGACCCACGUCAUCGCGCUCCUAACGGCUAAGGACGGUCCCAUUAAACCAGCAAAGCAGUGGAUCAGCGGUCCGGACCUGCGCGUCGGCCUGCCUUCGCUGCUCGUAUGCGCGGAAAUGGCUGCAUUUGCGCUUCUCCAUAUCUUCACAUUCGAUUGGCAGCCUUACAAUUUGAAUGGGAAAGGGUUGCUGGAAGGGACGACGGAGGACCAGCCCGGAGUGUAUGCCUGCGGUCCUCUCUGCGCCAUCUUGAUAGCUGCGAAUCCAUGGGAUAUAAUGAAAGGGUUUGGCCGCGGGAUACGCUGGUUGGUUCUAGGCGUGCGGCGGCGGAAGAGAGAUCAUUCGUAUCAUGGAGUCCAGCAGUCCACGCUGGCGGAGAGAAGACUCGCUGCACUCUCUACCUCGUAUGGCGUGGAGGUGCGGUUUGGCCAAACCAGCUGGUACGAUGGAAAUGCGCGGACUUUACGGCGGUUCUCGGAGCACAUCUCCACCGGAGUCGAGGUGACGGAGUGGAGAGGGUUGAGGGGGCCAACUCGACGGCGUCGCGCGGUCGCCAAGACGAUCUAAGCUGCCACACCUAGGUGAGGAUCGAUUGAGGAGAUAGAAGUAGUCGGAAA